AAAUGUGCCUGUGAUUUCCCUCAUAGGGCACGAAUUUGUGUCACCGAGUGUAUUUUUCGUGUCGAGUAUAUGCUUGUAUUUACCCGAUAUGGCUUAUAACUUAAAGGACGCCGAAGAAGUCAAAGAAUAUCUGAAAAAUCUUUAUAUCGAAUAUCAAUUCGGUUGCUAUAGCGAGAAAAAUCCCGAAGUUUGUCAUUUGUUGGGCGACUACAACGAAAGUAUUAAGACCGACAAUAAGGAGGCUGCUGAUAUAUACAAGAAGACUUGCGAUGAUAUGAAUUAUGCCAGAAGUUGUACAAAGUAUGGAGAUUUCGCAUUGGUCGGUAAGUUUCGUAAAGGAUGCGAGAAAAACGUUAAAGAGGCGUACAAAUAUCUGAAGAAGGGUUGCGACCUCGAUGAUACAAAGGGUUGCUAUCAUGCAGGUGUUUUUGCGGUAACCUCGGAGGAACUGGAGAAAGACAGAGCUGUUCAGGUCGCAGAUGGAGUGAGAAUGCUUAAAAAAUCUUGCGACUUGGGGGAAGAGAAAGCUUGCUUUCAUUUGUCGAGCAUUUACCUAAAUGGUAUAAAGGGACACGUUGAUAAAAAUACGAGGGAAGCCUACAAGCUGUCUUUAAAGUGUUGCGAAAUGGGGAAUCCCUAUGCUUGUAGUAAUAUAGCUAUAAUGCAUAAACAAGGUGACGGUGUGCAGAAAAAUAAAGACCUAGCAACUGUUUUUCAACAACGUGCGGAAUUGUUGUUCAACGAAUUAAAGAAAUACAAGAAGCAAAUAAAAUUCCACCAGGGCAUUGAUUUGUAAUUGCGUUUUACCGAUCGAAAUUGUUUUCUGUAUAGGAAAGAAAUAUUUAAAAAAAUUGUAGAUUUUUAAAACUCGCCGACUUUGUUUUGUGAACAAAAUGAAAUAUCAAUU